CUUUAAAAGUACAUUGUUCUAUACUUAAUAAUUUCCUUGAAAUGCUUCCAAAAAUGUAAACAAUAAUUGAAAAACACACUGAGCAACAUGGCUGUCGAGCGUUCCACUUAACCCCUUUCACUGGCCCCAAACACAGACCGAAGUUAUCAGCUGCAACAGAAAGGCUGCGCAUCAAAGUUAGACAUGCAGCGCUCAAGUCUAGACCAGCCUGACAAAGUCAGGUUGGGAAGACCAAACUAGACAAACCAGAACUGAUUGGCACAGGAGAGGCUUCAAGAAACCCCAAGAAUCCACUUCCGUUUGCAUGCCCACCCUUUGAGACACACAGAGCAAGAGAACUCGCAGCACCAGGUUUAUAUGGAGAAACGCGAGGAACACCCAGAUAAGGGGGGAAACAUUAUCAGUCCUAUGAAGAAUGAGUUCUACGCUGCAAUUAUGGACCAAGACGUGGAACUCACUUAAGAUAUGUCGAAGAAGUAUGGGAGCAACUGUCUAAUCCAGACACGAGACGAGGCAUCUGGGGAAGUUGUCUGCACGGGAUUUGCUGUCCCUCCCCUUCAUCUGGCUGCGUCCUACAGAAAGACAGGCAGCAUGCAGAGGCUGCUGUCAGCGGGGGCUGACGCUGAAAUGAGGGACAGGCUCGGGCGAACCCCGCUACACUUGGUUACAUCUGGCUGGCCCAACCUUCCUGACCCCCGGCCUAAACAGGGCUCCAAGUUCUGGAGGGCUCUGACUGGUGCGGAAAGGCAGGCGGAGGCCUGCUUACGACUCCUCUGCGAGCAUGGAGCUAACGUCAAUGCACAGGUGGAGGGAAAAAGCCCCCAGACAGCUCUCCACAUAUCAGUGCAGCACAAGGCGCUGUCUGCUGUCCAGAUUCUGGUCAGCUACGGUGCUGAUGUUGAUGCUGUGGACAGCAGUGGGAUGACGCCCCUGCACAUGGCAGCAGGGAUGCUCCAGAGGGACAUCAUAGCCAGCCUGGUGAGGCAGGGGGCCGAUAUUAACGUGGCGGUGCAGAAUUCCGGAAACACUCCUUUGCACUUAGCUGCGGUGGCAAUUGCUACAAAGAUGUCUAAAACUACAGACGAUGACAUCGGCUGCGUCUCUGAUCUGCUUGAGCUGGGAGCCAAGCCCGACGUAGCCAACGCGGCUGGAAUGACACCUCUGCACGCGGCGUGCGCGAUGGGCAGCAGGCAGCUGGCGGACGUGCUCCUGAGGCACGGGGCCGACGUCAAUAAGCCGAGCGAAGCCGGGGAAACCUGCCUGUUCCUGUUCCUGAACCACAGGCCGGACUUAAAGAGCCCAUCUCUGCUGAGCCGACUCCUCAGCCUGACCUCCCCGCUCACCAUCUCCAACCGGAGCGGCGGCCUGCCUUCAGCCUUGACAGAACCGCGGUUCUUUCGACAGAGAGAGCGACUUCUCAAACUGCUCCAGCAGCCGGGGAGACUUCAGGAUAUUUGCAAGAGGGAAGUCUAUUUAAAAUAUGUUGCAGGUGGGGAAGGGGAACUGAAAAAGGUGCUGCCUGACAGGCUGCUUGACUUUGUGUUCCGCCGCUGGGAUGUUCAACACAUUCUUUUUUGA